AUGGACACGCCCAACUCCCCACCCGCACGUUCAACCUCGCCCGACCCAUGGGCGACCCCAUCUCUGGCCAUCGGCGCAAUUCCGCCGCUGGACCGUUCCGUCUCGACAGCUUCCUCUGUGUCGUCGGCGCGCUCAGUGAGCUCGCGCCUCUCCGAUGGCGGCAGGCGACGUGGAUACAUGAGGCCUGAGGGCACCGAGUUCUCCACGUCGGCAAAGAACAGAGAAAGCGUCAUGAACCUGGGCACUAUCGCACAUCUGCAGUACUACUUUGCGAGGACUGGCCUGCUCGACACGGCGACCGGACGUGUCGCCAAAGGCCGCAAGCCCGGAUCGCGAACAGCAAGCGGCAACGAACCACUCUCGCCAGGACUCGAUGCCGACUUCUCGUCCUUGUCGCUUGCGUCACCAGACGGAAUGACUGAACAUCAUCUUGGAGAGGGCUUCGUUGAGUCACCACUCGACGAAACGGCGUCGAUGGCAUGGGAGGACCCCGAGCCCAUGAUGCUCCCGCCCACCGUCAGCACCUACAAGAACAACCCCGUCUACGUCCCACCGCCACCUGACAUGACCGUCCUACGCCGCGAACUUCGCGAGUCGCUUGCCGAGUCCAUGAAGCAUCUGCACGAGCUGGAGAAGGGCUUCUCUGACGUCCAGCCAGACGGAAAGACAGCAAAGAACGGUGGUGAGGAAGCUUCAGGUUGGCACGAGGUUCAAGGCAUCAACUUGUUGGAUGUCACUACCCUAGCGAUCCGCGCCGCGAAAAACUACUACACCGCACACGAAGAACCACAGCGACUCUACGCCAUCAAGUCGGAACGGACGAUCCGAAAAGAACUGUACGAUACACUCGAGGUCCUGAAGCGUCUCGCCAUUCGCAACUUUGGAAACGGUGUGCAGCCCUAUGAAGUCACCCAACUCAAGCAGUGGGUUGUCGACAUUGGUACACUGCUCGAUACCGAAGAAGAGAAGGAGCGCCUGGAACAUGCAGAGAGAGAAAACUGGUCGUGGCGCGAGGGUGACUGGACGGGCAAAGAACGCGAGAGGGAACUACUCUUCCUCAAGUCGUUUGACAGCAACCCGGACGCGCUUCCCGAGUGGACCAGCGCUCCCGACGCCGAGCUCCCGACACCCUUCCUUGCCGAACUACAGAACGGCCUGCGAUUAGUUCAUCUCCACAACACUCUUGUCCGAAGGUCAAAACGACACUUUGAAGAGAUCAAGACGUACCACACCGACACGGCCAAGCCAUAUCGCUGCGCCGACAACCUGCGCUACUGGGUCAAGGCUGCGGAGCUGCGCUGGGACAUCAAACUAGACGUUGAUGUCAUGGGCGUGGUUCACGGCGAAGACGCGGAAGCGUGGAACAAGUUUGACGCUGCUAUUCUGCAAUGGAGCCAGGGCGUGCGUGAGGAAAUCACGUCGGAAUGGCAAAAGCAGAAGAACCAAACGAGAACCCCUACACUACAGAUCGACCCCAAUUACGAGGCGCUGUGA